UCUUCUCGCUCUUCCUGUGGGUUUUUACUCUCAGAUAACACUCGCUAUGUCCGGACGCGGGAAGCAGGGCGGCAAAGCGCGCGCCAAGGCCAAGACGCGCUCGUCGCGGGCGGGUCUGCAGUUCCCGGUGGGCCGCGUGCACCGCCUGCUCCGCAAGGGCAACUACUCGGAGCGGGUCGGGGCCGGCGCGCCCGUGUACCUGGCGGCCGUGCUCGAGUACCUGACGGCCGAGAUCCUGGAGCUGGCGGGCAACGCGGCGCGCGACAACAAGAAGACGCGCAUCAUCCCGCGCCACCUGCAGCUGGCCAUCCGCAACGACGAGGAGCUCAACAAGCUGCUGGGCCGCGUCACCAUCGCGCAGGGCGGCGUGCUGCCCAACAUCCAGGCCGUGCUGCUGCCCAAGAAGACCGAGAGCCACCACAAGGCCAAGGGAAAGUGAGAUGUUAAUAAAGCCAGCACUCCCUCCCGCAAACCAAAGGCUCUUUUAAGAGCCACCCA